AUGGCCUCGAAUCUCCAGCGCCACCUAGCAACAAAGAAAGCCCUGGGCAUAAUCUACUCCAACCGCACGAUGUCUCGCGGAACGACCCUGCAAUCGCUGGGCGGCGUCUCAGAGCCCAAUUUCGAGAAAUUAGUCUCCAGCUGCGGAAUCAUUUUCACCAUGGUCUCCAAUGACGCAGUGCUGCAAAGCCUACUCUCAACCGUCAUGAGUUCAAGCCAGUCUCUGAAGGACAAGAUCUUCGUCGACUGCUCGACAGUGCACCCCGAGACUGUGAGCGAAGCUGUAGCGAAGCUGAAAAGCAAGAACGCUUCGUACGUGGCGGCGCCAGUGUUUGGCGGGAACCCCAUCGCUGUAGAUGGGAAGCUUGUUUUUGCGAUUGGGGGGCCGAAGCGCGCGACUGAUGUGGUUAAGCCUUUGAUUCAGGAUGUCAUGGGUCGUCGGGUUAUUGAUUGCGGCGAGGAUGCUACUAAGGCUUCGCUUUUGAAGAUUGCGGGUAAUAUUGUUACGGUGAAUAUGAUGGAGGCUGUUGGAGAGGCUCAGGUCUUUGCUGAAAAGACGGGGCUUGGAACUGGGCCUAUGGAAGAGCUUAUUGGUGAGGCUUUUGGGCCCGUUGCUGGAGGGUAUUCUAAGAGGUUGACGACUGGGGCUUAUGCGCCUCCAUUGGACUCCCGUCCUGGCUUUGGAGUCUCCCUUGCUAUCAAGGAUGCUAGACAUGCCCUGUCCAUGGCUAAAGACCAAGGAGUUCAGCUUCCUGGUCUUGAGCUUGCUCGUGCUAAUAUGGAGGCUGCCAGAGAAUAUGGCGGAGAGUGCCUGGACAGCAGUUCGAUGUACGGGGUGUUGCGCCAGAAGGCUGGCUUGCAGUUCUGGAAUGAGAAGAGCAGGAAAGAAUGA